AUGCUUAGAGUUGAAGCCGAUGACCAACUGCACCCUCCUCAUUAUCCUUGGUCUCAUGAUGGAAUAUUAUCGUCUUUAGAUCAUGCAAGUAUUCGUCGCGGAUAUCAAGUCUACAAAGAAGUAUGUAGUGCUUGUCAUAGUUUAGAUCAAAUCGCUUUUCGUAAUCUUGUUGGAGUCUCACAUACUGAAGAAGAAGCGAAAGCAUUAGCUGAAUCAGUCAAUAUCGAGGAUGGUCCAAAUGAAGAUGGUGAAAUGUUUUUAAGACCGGGCAAGUUAUCGGAUUAUUUUCCUCCACCCUAUAAAAAUGAUGAAGAAGCAAGAGCUGCCAAUAACGGUGCCUUACCACCCGAUUUGAGUUUAAUGAACAAGGCCAGACAUGGUGGAGAGGAUUACAUGUUUUCACUUUUAACGGGAUAUUGUGAUCCUCCAGCUGGAAUUACUGUAAGAGAAGGUCUAAGUUAUAAUCCGUAUUUCACUGGAGGUGCUAUAGGAAUGCCACAACAACUUUUUGAUGACAUGCUUGAAUAUGAAGAUGGUACUCCGGCUACUGUUAGUCAAUUGGCGAAAGAUGUAUCGGUGUUCUUAAAGUGGUGUACAGAGCCUUACUAUGAUGAUAAGAAAAGAAUGUUUAUGAAGGCCUUUCUCAUAAUAUCCUUUUUGACUGGUAUCUCGUGGUAUUAUAAACGCCAUAAGUGGUCAGUUUUGAAGACCAGAAAGUUGGCAUACAAGCCUCCUGUAAAAUAACUGAAUCAAAAAAAGCUACUUCAUUUAUACUUUAAUACAUGCUAUUUUAAUGCAUAGAUUUUGAGAAGCAAUAAAUAUUGGAUGUACUCAACAUUAGUUGUUUAUUGAAUUUCUAAAAUUGCUUUGGAGUGAGAUUUAGCAGGAUUAGGGUAUUCAGAAAUCGAAAAUCCCGCAGAUUGCAUUGACUGAAGUUUACGACGCUCUUUUAAUGUUUCAUUCGUGAAAUCUAUGUGAUUUCGUAAAGUUUUAAAUAGAAAGCUAAAACAGUCAAUUACUAGAUCAAAUCUUAAUAAAAUCUAAAAAGUCUU